GCGCAGUUGGUGUUAUUGUGACUGUCGGGCCGGGGCCCCGGAUGUUGGGGCUGCCGGGGGGAGAUGGCGGAGGCUGAGGGGGUGGCCGUGGCCCCAGGCCCAGCUUCGGGGCAGACUUUCAGGGGCCGCCGCAGUAUGUCAGGCUCCUGGGAGCGUGACCAGCAGGUUGAGGCGGCGCAGCGGGCCCUGGUGGAGGUGCUGGGGCCUUACGAGCCUCUGCUGAGCCGUGUGCAGGCAGCCCUGGUGUGGGAGCGGCCAGCCAGGAGCGCCCUGUGGUGCCUGGGGCUGAACGCGGCUUUCUGGUUCUUUGCCCUGACAUCCCUUCGUCUUGUGUUUUUACUUGCAUUCAGCUCAAUGAUCAUUGUGUGUAUAGAUCAAUGGAAGAGCAAAAUCUGGCCUGAAAUAAAAGUGCCAAGACCCGACGCAUUAGACAAUGAGAGCUGGGGCUUUGUGCACCCUCGGUUGCUCAGCGUGCCCGAGCUCUGCUACCACGUAGCUGAAGUCUGGGUUAGUGGGACCAUUUUCAUAAGGAACCUUUUGCUUUUCAAAAAGCAAAACCCAGGCAAGUUCUGCUUGCUGAGCUGUGGGAUACUGACCUUCUUGGCUGUCUUGGGCCGCUACAUCCCUGGGCUCCUGCUCUCCUACUUAAUUCUUGUCACCGUCAUGAUGUGGCCCCUUGCUGUGUACCACCGACUGUGGGAUCGAGUGUAUGUACGGCUGAAGCCAGCUCUGCAGCGGCUGGACUUCAGUGUCCGUGGCUACAUGAUGUCCAGGCAGAGAGAGAGACAAUUGCGCCGCAGAGGUCUACACCCAGAAUGUGCUGGGGACAACCACAGUGACAGUGAAGAGGAGCUUGCUGCCUUCUGUCCUCAGCUGGAUGAUUCUACUGUUGCCAGGGAAUUGGCCAUCACAGACUCUGAGCACUCGGAUGCUGAGGUCUCCUGUACAGACAACGGCACAUUCAAUCUUUCACGGGGCCAGACACCUCUAACAGAAGGCUCUGAAGACCUAGAUGGUCACAGUGAUCCAGAGGAAUCCUUUGCCAGAGACCUUCCAGACUUUCCUUCCAUUAAUGUGGAUCCUGCUGGCCUGGAUGAUGAGGACGAUACCAGCAUCGGGAUGCCCAGCUUGAUGUACCGUUCCCCACCAGGGGCCGAGGAGCCUCAGGGCCCCCCGGCCAGCCGGGACGAGGCUGCACUGCCGGAGCUUUUGCUUGGCGCCCUGCCUGCAGGAUCCAACCUCACCAGCAACCUUGCUAGCCUGGUCUCCCAGGGCAUGAUCCAGCUGGCCCUGUCAGGGGCCUCCCAGCCAGGCCCUGCUGGCCUACCUCCCCGGAGAGCCACAAGAGGUGUCCUCCGGGCCCCCAGUUCAGACCUGGACACUGAUGCUGAGGGGGAUGACUUUGAACUUCUGGACCAGUCGGAGCUGAAUCAGCUGGACCCUGCCAGUUCCAGGAGCCACUGAGGCAGAGACUCCCCUUGGGGGUCGUUGUGGUUUAGGUUUUUUUUUCUCCCCAUUCCACUUAAGGUGAAGGGGCAAGGGAAGAACCCAGGUCCCAGCCCCUGAAUUAUAUAUGUAUGCUCAGUGGCCUGGCAGAUGCUCAGAGGCCUGAUGAGAGGAUACUCACUCCUCUGCUACCAGCUGGACACUGAUUUCUGAGCUCAAGUCACUGAAGUGAGAGUGUGCUCCCCUGAGGGACACUUCUCUCCGUCAGGAUGGUGGUAUUUUUGGGGAACAAAGUAGUCAGGGGUAUUGGUUCCCUUUUGAGGGGAUGCUGCUGUGUGCUUCUAAGUAUGGGUGCUCAGAAGCCCCCAGUGAUAGAUCCGUUCCUUCCUUCCUCCCUUUAUCAUCUCCCGAGAGCUCCAAGUCAGGCAGCUGGGAGAGUUACACUGUCAUCUUCCUCUUUUGCUAAGCCAUGCUUUGAUUUGCCUUUUUCUAAGCAAGCUUGUCCUUUGGUUCUGCAGAGCAGGCCUGUUCCCUCUGCCCCAGCCCAUCCUCAUUUCUUGAGGCCUAACCUGCAGUGCUCCAAAAUAUUGCUUGUGAAAUUUAAGAAUGUGAACAUGAGGUGGGGGUGGGCCUCUUCUACAUUGCUUUGGGCCAUGGGGUCAGCUGGCUGGGAGGGUGGGUGCCUCUAUAUCUCAUGGUCUCAAUGAAUCUUUUGGAGCUGCCUGGUUAUUUUUGGUGCUGCUAACCCCUGGCUCCAUUUGCCCAUCAGCCUGAGCAGUGAGCAAAGCAAUCAAUACCAUACCAUACCCGUUUCCAUGUUCCUGUUCCUUCCCCUGCUCCUCCUUUGGAGAAGCAAUAAUCCCACAUGGGCGAUGCCAGAGUAGCACUUUACAAAUGGCUCAGUGGCAUUCAUCCCAGGAGCCACCAGCUCUUCUUGCACCAGCUAUUCUUACUCCUUGUUCAGCUCCUUUAAUAAUUUUGUUUUCAACUUCCUUCCCAGUUUGGUAGGGCUUCUUUUAAGGAUGAACCCAGUUAGCAAGAAUGUGUCUAUAAUCAGCAGAGACCCCUGUAAGGGGUAUCUGUUCCACUGCCCCUAAUAAAAUCACGUGAGACAAAAAUUAAAAAAGGUCAUUAGUUCUCAACCUGUGCCUCCCCAAUCAGAGCUCAAGCUGAACUCUUCUGUCCUCUUUCCCUCUGCAUUAACCCUUUGCUGAUCCUCAGGGACCACUCCCCCAACACCCCUAUACCUGGGUGCGGGAUGUUGGACAGAGCCUAUUUUCAUGUGCUGCAGGUGGGAGUGUGCUAACAUGUUUGCUCUUGGUUGAUGGACAGGCUAGAGGUCAGGGAGUGAAAAUAGUCAACGGUGAGAAGGGAGAAGAGCUAGGUGUCUGAUUCAUAGUCACUUCCCUUUGUGGAAGGUUAGGGUAAUGGCCUCUCCCCACUUUAGUGUUCUCAAACAGACUUUGGAGACCUUCUCUCUUCCCAGAGCCCAGAUGUCUUACAAGUGAGCUCUGAUGUGGAAAAAAGCAGGAGGUGUGGGAAAGGAGUGGGACUUUGUGUGUUUGCAUGAGCGUGUUUAGCUUCGGGCCUUGGGAAUUGGCAAGAGGGAGGGAAGGAAGGAGAGCAAAAUCUUUGGAAGGUGUUUCUUGUACCUGCGGAUCCUGCUCUGAAUCUCCUUAGUCCUCCACUGUGAAUUGGGAUGGGGAUGAGGGAGGGAGGGGUGCUGGGGAAUAAAUCUUGUAUGAGAACCAUCUUUAAGAGACUGAUGUUGAAUGGUGCCUUAUCCUUGAUAGGUCUUCUUAAUCUGAGAUGAUAUUAAUUUGAGGAGGUGAUAGCCUCAGAAGAGGAAGCCCAUGUGCGAGGGACCCACCUGCCCAUCCCUGUUUUUCCUUCUGUGAUGGCCAGAACAAUCACCAUGGUGGGAGGCUACUUCCCCUCUCCAGGAGACCCCAGAUGUGAGCAUAACUGGCACUCUUGGCUGGCAUCUAGCCCGCAGUUCUGUCAUUUCUAAUUCUGAAUAUUGUCCCCUAAACGUGUGAAGACAAGCACAGGUUUCAAAGGCUAAUGAGAUUUUAGGUAAUAGAAGCUUUAAAAAGUAGCACCAUGCCCCUCUGGAUUGUUUGAGCCUGCAACUCGACAGCUGCUCUUUGGCCUUCAGCUGACCUCAGAAACUAGAAAUACUUAUUUCAGGCUUUGU